CUCGUAUCCAAUCAAUCUCUCUCUUUCUCUCGCUCUGUUUCGUCAUUUUUCCUCUCUAUUUUCCCCGUCAAAAGAUUCCAUUUUCCAGGAAAAUCAACCCCGGCCGGCGUUCUCCGACCCUCUCCUCUCUUCCCCCCACCCUUCCUCUGUCCCGCUUAAAGUUCCCUCCUUUGUCGAUCCCGAAGGCACCGGCGACGAUCCGCGGAUGACCCGGCAAUCCCUCUUCCACCCUCCGGCCGCCCACCGGAGGCAGCCGCUGCUUCCCAACCCCGGCGGGGAGGCGGACGAGCCAUCGGCCUCCGCGGCGCCGGCUCCGAAGACGGCGACGGCGACGACGACGAGGGGACGGGCCCGCGUGGCCGAGGCGGCGGGGCGGACGGCCGCGGACUGCGCGGCGGUGUGGUGCUGCUGCCCCUGCGCCGUCUUGAACCUCCUCGCGCUGGCCGUGUACCGGGUCCCCGCGGGGCUCUGCCGCCGGGUGAGGCGGAGGCGGCAGCGCUCCGCGGCGGCGAGGCGGAAGCGGAAGGGGGUGCUCCUGGCGCAGAGGCCCAGCAGCUUCGCGGUCGGGGGCGCGGCGGCCGCGGAGGACGAGGACGAGGACGGAGCCGACGCGGCCGGCGCCGGCGGAGACGGCGACGGGGAGGCCGCGGAUGACCUGGAGAAGGAGAUGUGGGACCGGUUCCGCGGGGCCGGUUUCUGGAGGAGCCCCUCGAUGAGGGACACGUAGGCGGAGAGCCGUUCGCGGGCCGGGCUUGGGCCGGGCCGGGGCCCCUCGGUCGGCCCAAUGGGAGCUGCUGCUGCUGCUUCUUCUUCUUCUUGAAAGGGAGAUGUAAAAACGAAAGAGGAGUGACGCUGUAAAUGGUUCUGCCGAAAAUGCAACUGCGGCUGCAUUACAUUUUGACAAGGACGAUGUUAUUUGUUUUUAAGUUAUGUGCUUUUUGCCUUUCUUUUA